AUGCACCCCGCCGUGGUGUGCAUCCUGGCCACCAUCCUGCUCCAAGCCCCUUCUGUCCUGGCUGAAAGGAAGCACCACGGAGACGGAGGUGGAGGCGGAGCUGGCUUCAGCCAUGGCGGCGGCAACGUUCCCAGUACCUUCAUCACUACCACCUCUGCCGCCGCAGCAGCCGCGAGUGCAAACACAACCGCCAGCAUUGGGACUGGUGCUGGUACUGGGACUGGGAUAUUGUCGACCGCCUCCCCAUCCCCACCCGCUGGCGCUGGCUCUUCUUCGGUGGACGCCUCUCUCAUCCCUCCCUUUGAUAUCACGGCUGGUGUGAAAGCGAACGAUGGAACUGCCAAUUGCGUGGGGGACAACAAGAUCGCCAUUCCAUGCGAUUGUCCACCAGAUACGGCCACCUUUGUCAAAGCCGUCCAAGACUCGGUGGCAGGAGGAGCGGCAUUUCCACCUGGAACCUCGGCGGCCGACCAACUCACUCGUCUUCAGACGUGUAUCGUCACCCUCCAGAAUUUCAAGGGAGGCGCGGGAAGCGGUGUGGGAUGUCCGAUUGUCAGCACGACUUGGAAGGAACUCCAGGCUCAGCUGCAGUCGCAAGUUAAGUGA